AUGUCCUUCGCCGGCGCAUCCUUCGUUGCUGGCGGUAGGCUGCUACAGCCACCCGCGCAGUCGGCCAUGAUCUACUCCGGCACGGCCAGCAGCGGCAGCUGGUGGUAUCACCUGCUUGUGGUCGAAGGCUACUCCCGCGUCAAAGAACUGCCCGAUGGAAGGAGAAUCAGAGGUCGCACCUUCCGAGCUGGAGGUUACCGAUGGGCUCUGAAAUUCUAUCCCAAUGGUGAUGGCAUCGAUGCUGCCGGUUUCAUGUCCGUUUGUCUCAUCCUUGAUCAGGAUGUUGCACGAUCUGUGAAGGUGCAUACUCAGUUUAGUUUCAUUGAUCAGGUUGACAAGCAAGUACUUUCAUGCACCCGUGCAAGUAAAGCACAUGAUUUCUUGAGAAAAAACUGCGGCUAUGGUCGAAGUCGAUUCAUCAAACGAGAGGAAUUUGAGAAGUCACAGCAUCUCAAGGAUGACUGUUUCACCAUCCGGUGUGACUUCAUCAUCGCCGAAGCCGCUGCUACCUUCAUUGAGGUUGGCUCUGAUGUGACUUUCAAGGUCGGCCAUGAGAGUUUUGCUGCUCACCGGAACAUUCUCGCAGCACGUUCCCCUGUCUUCAUGGCGGAGCUCUUCGGCCCCAUGAAGGAGGGGACCAUGACGGGUGCCAUACUGAUACAAGACAUGGAGCCGAACGUGUUCAAGGCCAUGCUUGGUUUCAUCUACAGCGACUUGAUGCCCAAGAUGAUGAAAGUGGGAGGAGAAGCAGAAGGUGACGCCGAUGAGGUUACGUGGCUGCGACACUUGCUUGCUGCGGCGGAUAGGUUUGAUCUCCCGCGGCUCAAGUCGAUGUGUGAAGAGAGGCUAUCGGAGCACAUAGAUUUGAGCUCGGUGACAGCCAUCCUUGGUCUGGCAGCGCAGCACCAUUGCCACGGACUUAAGGAGGCCUGCCUGGAGUUCCUCAAAGUACAAUCUGCUGCAACCUUGGGAGGAGUCAUGGCGACCAGCGAGUGGCGACACAUGUCUGCAACUGAUCCCUCCAUUUUGAAUGAGCUCAUCGCCAAGCUUGCCUCGAAAGCUUAG